GGUGUUGGCUCAUGGUCCCCAGACAAAUCAACUCAGAACUCCAAGUGGAAUGGUGACAACACAGUGGACACCCUGUUCGGCGCCGCCAACACCAACUCGCCCUUCAAAUCUGACGGCCUCACGGAAGAGCUGGGUGAGGAAGAUUUGGUGCAGUUGUUUGCAAUCUACAAGAAGGCAGGCCAACUGGACGAGAUCAACAAGUACCACGGCCAGCUGGACAAACUACGAGCUCAACUUUACCCUGUCGCAAUGGGCCCAAAGGAGAAGCUCGACACAGCCUACAAGCAUAUCCAGCACUUGGAAAGGCAGCCCAAUCACCAGACCGAGUCCUAUGACAAG